AUGGCAAGAAGCACAGCAAUAGCGGCACUUGCAAACAGGCUUGAGAUUGAAGUUGAAACAAGGCAGAAAUUGGAAAAAGAUCGCGACGCUCUUGCUGUCGACUGCAAUUCCUUGAAGGCGAAAAUUGAGAUGUUGGAGAUAAGUGUUGAAAAAUACAAACACGACAACCGACGUACAUUAGAAGACAAAAAUGAAGAAUUAAAGAAACUUAAAUGCAGAUUCGUUUCACUGACUUCUCAGGAAGCAACACUGAGAAAUGAGUGCCGGAUGAGGGUUGAAGACUUGCUGGGGCACAUGGAACGUUUGACGAAAAGGAAUGAAGACAAUCUUAAAAAAAUUAACGAAAAAUCAACGACGAUCAACAACCUCAAUCAGCUUGAUGCGCUUCGACGUGAAUCAAGUUUGAGAGUUUUAGAAAUUGAAAGCAAAAUUCGGGAGUUAGAAGAAAAAAAUGGAAAACUUUUGGCGAUGAACGUCCGUUCAAGAAAAGAUAACGAAGCACUGAAGGUUCAAUUAACAAAUUUGGAACAAUCACUCGAGUUAAGGAAGAAGGAGUCGAUUGUUUCAAUUGGAGUGAUGGAGAAGGAAAUUAUGGAUUUGAAAUCGAAACAAGCGGAACUUGAAGCUGUGGAUUCGCAACGAUGCAAGCGUCUUCACUACCUCGACGAUCGUUGCUUGCAUCUCGAGAAAGAGAGAGAGCUGUUGAUUCAACGAAUCAAAUUUCAAGAGUUUGUUGUUUUGAAAGUUGAAGAAGCGAAACAAACCCAGCGUGAUGGUGUUCAGCCCUGGCGAAGAUCCAACGAAUUGCGGGAAGAGAAAGAAUAUGAGAAAGAGGAAGAGAAUGGGAAAGAGAGAGAGGAUGGGACAAAUGGGACACGCGUCGACAAAGAGGAUGGGACAAAUGGGACAACGGUCGACAAAGAGGAUGGGACAAAUGGGACACGGGUCGACAAAGAGGAUGGGACAAAUGGGACAUGCGUCGACAAAGAGGAUGGGACAAAUGGGACACGGGUCGACAAAGAGGAUGGGACAAAUGGGACAUGCGAAGACAAGGAUGGAACAAAUGGGACACAGGUCGACAAAGAGGAUGGGACAAAUGGGACACGGGUCGACAAAGAGGAUGGGACAAAUGGGACAUGCGUCGACAAGGAUGGAACAAAUGGGACACAGGUCGACAAAGAGGAUGGGACAACGGUCGACAAAGAGGAUGGGACAAAUGGGACAACGGUCGACAAAGAGGAUGGGACAACGGUCGACAAAGAGGAUGGGACAACGGUCGACAAAGAGGAUCGGAAAGAGAAACAGAAUAGGAUAGAGAGAGAGGAUAGGAAAGAGGAUGGGGAAGAGGAUGGGGAAGAGAAAGAGAAAGAGGCUGGGAUAGAGGUCGAGAAAGAGGAUGGGCAAGAGGGUGUUGAAACGAACAAGAAUCAAGUUGAAAUCAUUAGUGAAGAGAAGGAAAUUGCAUCAAGUUGGGAGUCGAAGAAUUGGUUUGAAGAAACUGACAUCUUAGAAAUGAAAGAAUCACCACGAUUUGGAUGGAAGUCGAACGAUCUGAAGGAAACACGGAGCGAUUGGAAUUUGGAGCAAACAUCUGAUACUAAAGAAUAUGAGUCUGAUUUCAUAAGUAGCAACAUGAGAGAUGAUACAUCGACUGAAGGAAAUAUGAGAGACGAUGCAUCGAGCAAUCUUGAAGGAGUGGAAUUGUUGUCAAUUAGUGUACAAUCUGCACAACGACGAUCGCAAUUGUCCAAGAGAAAAGAAAAACAUGAACUUCAGAAGAAUCAAGAAGGAAUUUUACGGGAAAUUGAUGUCACAUUGGCGCUACACCAUUUCUCACUUAUACGCUAUUCAACAGAAUGCCAUUUAGCUUAUAUUGAUGUCCUGAUACAAACAAAAAAGUACAGAAAAUUAGCUGAUGAAGCUAAAGAGCUCGAGCUUGUCGACGAGAAGAAGAAAAUUGAUGCAAUACGAUUUGAAGCCUUAAAGAUCAAAUUGAGAGAUACAAGGUGGCUAUUGGAGGGUUCACAUAAAUGUCGAGACGAAUCUGCAAGGAAGCGAUUUGAUCUUCUUCUCGAUAUAAAAAAGUCGCAACGUCAACGUGAAGAAAUCAUCGAAUGGCUGAAAUCAGGAAGAUGA